AUGAGGACCCCAAGACCCGUGGAGACAUUGAAAUCUCUUUUUUAUGAGGCCAGGGCUCGUCCUGAACAUCCUGUUUAUGGCUCUGCUGGUUAUGUCUAUUCCCUUCAACGACAAAUUUUCGUAGUUAAUGAACUACUUUUUAAUGCCAAGAAGGAACUUGCAAGUUAUAUUGGUGAAGAACACGUAGGGCUUCCUUCAUGUAUUCCACCGAUCAGAUUGCAAAAGCAGUUGAAUCCUUCUUCUUCGUUUCCAAGUCCACCAAUCCUGAAAUCUGCUCCUCAUGCAGCGGUGAAAUGGGAUCUUUCUAAAAUUGAUCGGAAGGAAAAUGACUUUUUUACCGCAGCGGCUACAUUACAUCAUCAGGGUAUUCCUGCCGUGAUACCAUUAAGGAAUAAGGGACCAACUCCGGACUUACGACAGCAGAAGCAGCAAGAUUUUGUAGGUGAAGCAGACCUGACUUUGGAUCAUGAAUUGGAUAAAAUGGAUCACAGCUCCUCUCAGAUUGAUCAAUCACCAGCGGAUCAUUUCCUCUUGGUUCUUUCUCGGUAG